UUUGAUUUAUUUUCUCCUACUUUUCUUUAAUUCCCCUGAUUUAAAUCUGUUUUAACUUUUUUUUUUUUAUAUAAAUUGGGGGAUCAGAAGACGAGGGAUCGUUACGUUUCCAUUCCAUCAAAACGAAUAUAUCGAAGUUGAACUGCAAAAUGGCCAAUUAUAGAGGGCUACCACACUUGUCAAAUUGGGCUUAUCAAGGAAGGCAAGCCCAUCAUCUUCCCCCCAAAAGCCCUACUCCAACCCAUUCCUCAGCCCCUGUGGAUUUUGUGUCACAUUCUUUAAUUGGUCCUCACGACCAUCCAAAACCAAUGGGAGGAUACAAGCAACACCAACGCACUUUGUCUGAGAGCUUUCUCAUAGAUGAGCAACCUCCAUGGCUUGACGACCUACUUAAUGAGCCUGACACACCUAUUAAGAGAGGAACACAUAGACGCUCGUCAAGUGACUCUUUUGCAUAUAACAAUUUUUCUAAUGUUGAUCAUAUGGGUCAUGAAGAGUCGAAGAAGGGAAAAUUAAAGCAAGUUCCUUCAUGGGGUUCUCUUGACUAUGAUCUGGUCAAUUCUGAUUCAUCGAGAAGGCCUUUUGUUAGUGGGGCAUGGAAUCCUUCCUACCAACGAAACGUCCCGCCUUUUAGAGAUGGGAAUAUGCCUGACAGCUCGGCAUCAUCCUGUGUUCAGCAAGAGGUGGUGGCACCAUCGGGUAUGGAGCGACAAGAGCCAGAAGGCUCAGGUGCUUGUGAUCAGAAAGGACACAUGGAGAAGAAGGAUGCAGACCCAAAACGAGCUAAGCAGCAAUUUGCACAACGUUCUCGGGUUAGGAAGCUUCAGUACAUUGCUGAACUGGAGAGAAAUGUUAAUGCUUUACAGGUUGAAGGAUCAGAAGCUGCAUCAGAGCUAGAAUUUUGUAACCAGCAACAUCUGAUAUUGAUAUUGGAGAAUAAAGCUUUGAAGCGAAGACUGGAUAGCUUGGCUCAGGAGCAACUCCUAAAGUGUUUGGAGCAAGAAGUAUUGGAGAGAGAGAUUCAACGGUUACGCUCAAUACUUUAUAAGCAGCAGAAAAUGCGAGAGGAUCUUGAUUCUCAGUUUGGCAAUCUCUCUCUGAACCGUCAAGAUGCAAGCUCUGGUCGGGACUCUGUUGGUGGGCCUCUCUGUAUAUGAAUCCAGUUGAGGGACUUGCGGCUGCCUCAUGGCAUUGUAGAUAGAGAGAGCAUGGUCCAAUCCCUCAUAUUCUAAUUGAUAAAUUACUAAAAUCUCCAUUUUCGGAGGGUUUUUAUCUUGGGUAUUCGCAAUUAAUGAGGCCCGAGUUUGUAUUACUGUGUUUUCCUUGCAAUUAUAAUGGGAAUGGUUGGCUUUCUGGAUAUUAAAGUUUGCUGACAGGGUCAAAGGGGCAAAGCUAAUUAUGUACCAUACUUCCAGCCUCGUUCUUCUACCAAUUUUAGAAAAUAGGUUCAAGAAGUUGACUAUUGCUUUAAAAAUGCAAGCUCUAUACAUAUUCGUUAUGUCUUGAUUAGUUUAUAUUGGUUAUGCUUAUAAAUUUUUUGUGACACUCUAAUGUACCACGGAUUCUAUAAUAUCGGUAAUUAUUGGGUUUCUUGAUUAA